CUCAAGGCAAAGGCUCGGGCGUCGGCCGCGCGCGUGGCCGCUGCGAUGUUCCCAUGUCGCUGAAGUGCCCUGUCCUUCGUGCAUCGGCCGCGUUGGUGGCUGUGCUCGCGGGGCACCUGAUGUGGAUGGCGGUUGCCUCCAGUGGCCGAUGGUGUGAUCUCGAGGUAGGAUGUGCGGCAUCGGCUCCACGUGUGCGCGGCACGCACUGCCGCAGUGUUGAUGCGAAGCGACGCCGCAUCCUCAACAGGGUCAAGGUGCUGUCUGCAUGCGACGCCUCGGAGAAGCAGCAAGCGUUGGCUCGUUCGGUGUCCUCGCGGUGCUCUCUACGUCCUGCUGCCGCGCUUGCCGCGGUCCCUCGUUCGGCGGCGGUUCCUGUCGUCGCUCGCCCCCGCGCUGGUGACGUUGAUCGGCGCGAGCUUUCGAACUCGCACUUUUCAUGCAUAUGGUUUUUAACUAGACGAUGGGCUUCGAGUUUCACUCAUGCAGGCGGUUCUGGCGGCCCUAUCGCGCGUGCAUGUUCCUGGACGCGGGUGGUACUCCUGACGUUGCUUCCGCCGCCCUGGCUGCCCGUCGCGUCUCCAGGCGUGCGCUUCGUUCGCGGCAUCGCCCGCUUCUUGCUGUGCAUGCUGAGGGUGUCAUGGAGGAAGACUUUACCCUGGCCGCUGCCUUUUCGGAGUGCGUCAAGGACGACCUGCCGCGAGGGGGGAAGACUUUUUCUGGCAGUCGCUUCUGUCCCCAGAGGUCUGCCGCGAUGGUGGUUGCGGGUUGUGAGGCUGUUAUCCAUGCCAAUGGUUCGGACCAGGACGGUGACGAAUACGUUGCCUUUCGGGGAGGUUGCUUUGCUGCGGAUGUGUCUGGUGGAGGUGUACUUUCGGCAAUUUCGGUUGCAGAUGUGGACGAUCCUCUGCACGCCGCUGGUGCAUCUGAUUCCGCCGCGGUCGCAGCUGCUACUACGAACGGCGUGCACGACUGAGGACCGAGCCCCGCCUGGAGCAAGUGAACUGGCUCUCGCUGAGAUGACGGCGCCCACCUCCGGCUCCGUUGCGCAAGCCGCGGGGGUGCCGAACUCGAUCGACCUCCUCAUUCUGCGCGUGGUUCAGCUCACGAACACGAUGAGUGAGUUCAUCCACUUGCUUGCCGCACCC